CCAACGCGCCGAGGGGGCCAAGUUGGUGAGCUGCCCGGUCGCUGCUCCCCAGGGAUCGCCGACCCCGACGCAGGUGGACCAUGUGGACUCUGGUGAGCUGGGUGGCCUUAGUGACAGGGCUGGUGGCUGGAACACAGUGCCCAGACGGUCAGCUCUGCCCUGUGGCCUGCUGCCUGGACCUGAGAGGAGCUACCUACAGCUGCUGCAAUCCCGUUCCGGACAAGUGGCCCACGGCGCUGAGCCGGCAUCUGGGCACACCGUGCCAGACCGACGCCCAUUGCUCGCCUGGCUACUCCUGCAUCCUCACUGUCUCGGGGACCUCCAGCUGCUGCCCGUUCCCAGAGGCCGUGUCAUGCGGGGAUGGCCACCACUGCUGCCCCCAGGGCUUCCACUGCAGUGCUGACGGGCGGUCCUGCUUCCAAAGAUCAGAUACCAAGCCCUUGGGUGCCGUCCAGUGCCCCGACAGACAGUUCGAAUGCCCCAAUUCCUCCACAUGCUGCAGUAUGCCUGAUGGCUCAUGGGGAUGCUGCCCCAUGCCCCAGGCUUCUUGCUGUGAAGACAAGGUGCACUGCUGCCCUCAUGGCACCUCCUGUGACCUGGCUCGUGGCCUCUGCCUCACGGCCACAGGCACCCACCCCCUGGCAAAGAAGAUCCCUGCCCAAAAGACUAAAAGGCCAGUGGUCUUGUGCCCGGACGCACAGUCCCAGUGCCCUGAUGGUUCUACCUGCUGCAAGCUGCCCAGUGGAAAGUAUGGCUGCUGCCCGAUGCCCAGUGCCAUCUGCUGCUCCGACCACCUGCACUGCUGCCCCCAGGACACUGUGUGUGACCUGAUCCAGAGUAAGUGCCUCUCCAAGGAGAAUGCUACGGACCUCCUCAUCAAGCUGCCCGCACACGCAGUCCAGGAGGUGAAGUGUGACAUGGAGGUGAGCUGCCCCGAUGACUACACCUGCUGCCGCCUGCUGUCCGGGGCCUGGGGCUGCUGCCCUUUUGCCCAGGCUGUGUGCUGUGAGGACCACGUGCACUGCUGCCCGGCCGGGUUUAGGUGUGACACAGAGAAGGGUACCUGUGAACAGGGGGCCCGCCGGGUGCCCUGGAUGAGGAAGGCCCCAGCCCACGUCAGCCUGCCGGACCCCCGAGCCGUGGAGAAUGAUGUCCCCUGUGAUAACGUCACCAGCUGUCCCUCCUCCAAUACCUGUUGUCGACUCACGUCUGGGGAGUGGGGCUGCUGUCCUGUCCCAGAGGCUGUCUGCUGCUCAGACCGCCAGCACUGCUGCCCCCAGGGUUACACGUGUUUGGCUGGGGGGCCCUGUAAGAGGGGGAACAAGGUGGUGACCGGACUGGCCAAGUUGCCUGCCCGCCGGGCUUCCCUGUCCCACUCCAGAGACAUGGGCUGUGACCAGCACACCAGCUGCCCGGUGGGGCAGACCUGCUGCCCGAGCCUGAGCGGGGGCUGGGCCUGCUGCCAGUUGCCACACGCCGUGUGCUGUGAGGACCGCCAGCACUGCUGCCCGGCUGGGUACACCUGCAACGUGAAGGCCCGAUCCUGCGAGAAGGAGGUGGACUCUUCCCGCCCUGCUGCCCACCUGGACCGCGGCCGGCACGUGGGUGUGGGGAACAUGGACUGUGGGGAGGGGCACUUCUGCCACGAUAACCAAACCUGCUGCCGAGACAGCCGAGGGGGCUGGGCCUGCUGUCCCUACCGCCAGGGCACGUGUUGUGCGGACAGGCGUCACUGCUGUCCCUCUGGCUUCCGCUGCGGGGCCAAGGGCACCAGGUGUUUGCUCUGGGAAGCCCUCCGCUGGGACGCUCCUCAGAGGGACCCGGCCCCGAGGCAGCUGCCGUGAGGAGGGACUGAGGACUGAAGACACUCCGCGGCCUUUGGGACCCUGCUCAGAGGGUGCCCACUGCUCAGGCCUCCCCAGCACCUCUCCGCCGCCACAGUCUCCCAGACCCCCAUUUCUGAGUACCCCUGUCACCCUGGGAGGCGGGGCCUCAGUCUAAGGCCCUCCCUAUCCCAACGAGGGCUGUGGCAAAAGCCACGUUUCCAGCUGCCAUCCCCUCCCCCCAUUUCUGUGGACCCUGUGGCCAGGUGCUGUUCCCUAUCCACAGGUGUGCGUGUGUGUGUGUGUGUGUGUGCACGCUGCAGUAAAGUUUGUACACUUUC